AUGAGUAGCAGUUUGGACCUUUUCUCGGUCCCUUCGACCGACUACAAUCUCCAGGGCUUUCGGAUGGUGCCCUACCACAAAUUGAGCAGCAGCAUCACGCCCAUGAAGUUCUCGGUGCAGCAAUUGGAAGAUUACACGGAUUUGAAUCGCAGUUAUUUCGUUAUCGACCUGCACUUGUACACGUCGGCCACCAACGGCAUCUCGGCCGAUGCCAAUGCCGCCUCGGAUGCCAACGACACCCGGUUCGUGUACGCCGUCAACAACUUGGCCCACACCCUCUUCAAGCAGAUCAACUUGCGGUUCAAUGGCACCCUGAUGACCGAACAGACCGACACGUACGCCUACUCGGCCUAUUUCCAGACGUUGCUCAACUACCACCGCGACGAUGGAGAGACGGUGUUGCAACCGCAAGGCUGGGUCAAUUUCUUGAACGUGACCCCGACGCUGGCCGCCACGGGCGGCAACGACGACAUCUGUACCACGGCUGGGUACCUGCACAAUAGCAGUCACCUGCUCAAGACCCUGACCACCCCUUUCCGGGACAAUGCCGUGGUCCGUUUGAUCAUGCGACCGUACUUGCCCGCCUUCCACACGGGCAAGAUCAUGGUGCCCGGGGUGGAAAUGAAUUUUGAGUUGUACUUCAACAGUCCCGAUUUCUACACCUUUGGCACGCUGACCAGUGGCACCGGCGUCAAGCGGUACGUGCAGUUGCGAGAACAAGAUGUGGACAUCACCUUUCACCUUUGCCGAUUGAGUCUCAACCCGGAUAUCUACUCGUCCCUGGAAGGGGCACGCAAGUUCCGAAAAGAGGUGGUCAAGUACCCGGUGGUGAGGGAUCAGAUUCGCACCUUCACCUUCGACGGGACCACGACCACGUGGCAGCAAGAUAACUUGUUCUUGGGAAAAGUGCCUCAACGCAUGAUCGUGGGGAUCUUGGACAGCACGGCCUUCAAUGGGUCCAAGGAAAAGUACCCAUUUUCCUUCCAGAGCAAAGGGGUGACGUCCGUGCGACAGUUUAUCGAGGGGGAAGAGUACCCGUACGUCACCAUGGAACUCGAGGGCAACGCGGCCACGAAGGAUCGAAUGGGGUAUUAUCGGUUCUUGGAUGCCGCUGGGGCCGUGCCCAAACAUCGUGAGUUCAUGGUCAAACCGGACGAGUGGGGGUACAACAAGAAUUGUACCCUGUUCAUGUGGAACAACGUGCCUGGCGGGGACGCGGAUGGCCCCAAACUCAAUCCCAAGCAGACCGGUAACGUGCGUCUGGAGAUCAAGUUCAGAGCGGCCCUGAAUGCCAACAUCACCAUUUUGGUGUGGGGAGAAUUUGAAAGCACCAUCUACAUCGAUCACCUGGGCGCCGUGACAUAUGAUACCAGCGUGUAACGGGAUCCCUUCCUUAGUCGAACGAUGGAGUUGGUGGCGUUGAGCGAUCGUCAAUUGCGAGCCUUGGCGCUCUUGGACCCCGACUUGAAGCGCGUGUUCCAAGGCGUCUAUCCCUCCGAUCGAUUGCCCGAGCACCCACCCAAGACCACCCGAGGCGCCUACAUCGUCAACACGGACCCGGCCGGCGAACCCGGCCAGCAUUGGUUGGGCCUUUGGACGGAAAACGGGGUGUGCGAAGUGAUGAUUCAUUUGAAAGUACAAUUCUCUCUGAUUUUCUUCCUUCUGGUCGUGGUUUUAAAAUUGCAGGUUUAAACAUUAAUAGUCUUACAAAGCAUAUUGAUGAACUAAGAAUUCUCCUUGCCGAUCGCUCCAUUGAUAUUCUCUCAAUUAAUGAAACUAAACUUGAUGACUCUAUCAAUAGUUGUGAGGUCCAAAUACCAGGCUAUGAAUUUAUUCGUCGUGAUAGAAACAGACAAGGAGGAGGAGUAGGUUUUUAUAUAAAAACCUCGAUUAAUUUUGGAGUUCGCUCUGAUUUGAAUGCACCCAGUCUUGAAAAUUUAUGUAUAGAGAUUCGGAAACCAAACUCCAGGCCAUUUCUGAUAGCCACUUGGUACAGACCUCCUUGCUCCUCAAUUGAUUUAUUUUUACCUUACGAAUCAUUUCUUGAGAAAUUAGAUUCCCUCGGCCUAGAAUAUUAUCUGCUAGGUGAUUUAAACUGUAACCUGGCCUCUGCACAAUAUGAUUUAAAUACUCGACGCUUAUGUGAAAUUUCUGAUUUAUUUGGGCUUCAACAGCUUAUAACUGAACCUACUCGCAUAACGGAAUCCUCUUCAACAUUAAUUGAUUUAAUUUAUACAAACUAUACUGACAGGGUAGUCUGUUCCGGAGUCUCUCAUAUUGGUAUCAGCGAUCAUAGCCUUAUUUACGUUUAUAGGAAAUUAUCUCUCACUUUUCCUUCAAAAGGGCACUCAACCAUUUCUUAUAGAAAUUUCCAAAAUUUUAAUAGAGAGAGUUUUCGGAACGAUAUCGCCCAGCAAGACUGGUCCUGUAAUGUUUCUGAAGAUCCAAAUGUUUUGUGGACUAACUGGAAAACGAAGUUUUUGGAUAUUGUUAAUAUUCAUGCGCCACUCCGAACUAGACGUACUAGAACAAAUAAAGCACCCUGGAUCAAUUCAGAAUUAAAGAAAGGCAUGCGUGAUCGUGAUGCUGCCAAAAGAAAAGCAAUUACAUCGAAUGAUCCACACGAUUGGAAAAGGUACAAAAAGUUGCGAAAUAUAAUAAACAAUGACAUCAAAAUUUCUAAAGCAUCUUAUUAUUCUAAUGCAUUUAUUCAAUCUAAGGGUAAUCCUCGAAAAACGUGGCAAACCUUUAAUGAGCUUACAUCCCGUCGUGUGAAUAAUACAACGGUGAAGGAACUGAAAUUGAAUGAUACCAUUAUCUCUAAUUCUAGUGAGCUUUCUGAUGCUUUUAAUGACCAUUUUUCAACAAUUGGGCCCAGACUUGCUAAUGAAAUACCUCUAACUGCUGAAAAUAAUUCAAGUUAUAUCAAUAAUAUAAAGGUAAAUAACAACAAUUUCAGCUUCUCCUCGACUAACUGCAGCAUUGUUUUCUCACAUCUAAACAAAUUAUGUAGAUCUAAAGCAACUGGUCUUGAUAAUAUUUCUGCUAAAAUUGUACGUGAAUGUGCUGAUCUUAUUUCAGUUUCACUAUGUGAUCUCUUUAAUAAAUCUUUAGUCUCUGGUAUAUUUCCUGAUGAUUGGAAAUGUGCUAGAGUUACUCCGUUGUUCAAGGAAGGUGAGCCAUCUGAUCUGAAUAAUUAUCGACCUAUUUCAGUCAUUUCCGUUAUAGCUAAAGUGUUUGAAAGGAUUGUUUAUGAUCAGUUGUAUAACUUUUUGACCAAUGAAGAUAUCAUUUCUAAUUAUCAAUCGGGUUUUCGCUCGUUACACUCAACUGCAACUGCCCUUCUGGAAGCUACGGAUAAUUGGGCCUUUAAUAUUGAUCGUGGCAAUGUUAAUGCUGUGGUUUUCCUCGAUUUAAAAAAGGCUUUCGACACCGUUGACCACGAUAUCCUUCUAGCUAAAAUGAACCUUUACGGAAUACAAGGUACAGCUCUUGAUUGGUUUAGGUCGUAUUUAACUAAUCGUACACAACGAUGUCUUGUUAACGGUUCUCUUUCUAGAAUCUGCUCUCUUAAAUGUGGGGUACCGCAAGGAACAAUCCUUGGCCCCCUUUUAUUUCUUAUUUAUAUUAAUGACUUGCCAAACUGCCUUACUUCGUGCCAGCCUAGAAUGUAUGCCGAUGACACCCACAUUACUUAUGCUGGCGUUGAUGUGAAUUCAAUACAGUUAACUCUGAGUCACGAUUUAGAUAACCUAAACAAAUGGCUUAUUUCUAAUAAACUUACUUUGAACACUUCUAAAACUGAAUUCAUGCUAAUUGGCUCCAGACAAAAAUUGAGUACUUUGUCGAACCCACUUGAGCUCUCGAUUAAUAAUGUUCCGAUAGAACACGUUUCCUCUGUCAAAUCGCUUGGAAUAUUUAUUGAUGAAAAUCUACGGUGGCAAACACACAUUGAUAAAUUAUCUAAAAAGGUCGCUUCCGGAAUUGGAGCAAUAAAAAGAAUUAGACCUUUUGUCCCUCCACCUACCCUUCACUAUAUAUACAACUCACUAAUUCAAUCUCAAUUCGAUUAUUGCAAUCUUGUCUGGGGUAAUUGUGGUAAAACAUUAUUUGACAGGCUACAGAAGCUUCAGAACCGUGCCGCUCGCGUUUUAACCUUCUCUAGCUAUGAUGCUGAUGCUAACCGUUUGAUUAGACAACUCGAUUGGAAAGACUUGAACACUCAAUUUCAAAUACAGAAAUCCAUAAUGGUAUACAAGUCUUUAAAUGGCCUUGUUCCUGAAUAUUUAUCAUCUAAGUUUGUUAAACGAAAUGAAACGCGUUACUCCCUGAGGGACUCUGUUAACAAACUAUUUGUCCCAUUUCCGCGAACUAAUUUCAUGAAAAACAGCUUUACUUAUAGCGGAGCAGUUCUCUGGAACAGCCUACCCUGUCAGGUGAGAGAAGCCGAAUCUCUUAGUCAAUUUAAAAGAUUAGUUAAUGUUCAUUUUUAAUGUUAUACACGGCAUUCAUGAAAAACAGGUUUUAGUUAGAUUAGUUGUAGUUGGGUUUUGAAUUUUGUUUAGGAUAGUUAGGUUAUCUUUAAUUUUUAAAUUCCUGAUGGAUUUUACCGUGUUUAAAUAAAGAUUGAUUGAUUGAUUUGAUUGAUUGAUUGAUGGACAGUUACGGGUUGCCCUUGACCGUCUACGACGCCCCGGGAUUUCACGAAUGGAUCGCGAAGCAUUGGAAGUACGUGGUGCGUAGCGACCGGACGUUGCAGGCCUACGACAGUCGGGUUUGUGGCCAUUAUGCCUUUGUGUACCUGCAAGACCGCGUGCGUCGACGGACCCUGCUGGAGUUUGUGGAAAGCUUUCGAGACGGCGAUUACGUGUGGAACGAUCAUCGCGUGGGGCAAAGGGUCCGCGACUGGAUCCAGACCAAACUGGACGAAGCGGCCAUGAACGACGAACCCGAUGGACGACCGGACGCGCAACGCUGUGUCUCUCGACGUUGUAUCUUUCCUUCAUUAAACGAGUCUUGAAAUGAAACGUGUGUUUUUUUAUGUGUCCCACAAGGGGGAGACUUCGAGAAAGGACGAUGAUAUAAAGGGGACGGGUGUCAGGGUGGGAGUGGGUGCGGGGGGACGUCCGCGCGAGCGGUCGGUCCGACCUCAAGGGUUCUUUCCCGGCCGGUGGUUGGCACGUCCGGUGUCUAAAAAAUAGUGCUACCCUUGACCCACCUGACCGAGUCUGGCCGCGGACGUGGCCCCGUACUCAAAAAGGGACCUUCGCUCAGUGGGUAGAGCAGCGGCUUCGCCGUGGGUCAUCGGUUCGAGUCCGAUAGGUUCCAUGCCACGUCGUCGCGGGCGCGCCAUAAAAACAUCGGUGCGUUCGCGGCGACGUGAUUUUUUUUUUGUUGGGGGACCCAACACCAUGAUUACGUGACAAGAUGUACGACGUGUCCUCGAAGCCUUGGACGAACGCGUGUUGAUGGAACUCCUGGUCAAUCCCGUGGACGCGUUAUGCGACACGUGGGAUUAUCGCUACUAUAACACCUUUCGUCGAUUGACCCGGGCCGGCGAUUGGUCGGGGUUGACCCGGGCCUUGAACGCGUGCCCGGAAACCGCCGUGGUCGAGACCACGCUGACCCUGAUAAAAGAGGCUUCGCCGCGAUUGCACGCCAUGGUGACGACAUGAUUCGUCAUCCCUGAAACACCCUGGUCGGCGGCCCGUCGGGUUGCGGGAAAUCCACGUGGACGCGUGGAUCUGUUUUCCAAGCACUCGCAUCAUUGGAACAUCAGCGUCCUGUUCCUGUGCCAAGAUCUCUUCCCGCCCGGGAAAUUCGCCAAGACCAUUUCGCGCAACGCGCAUUACAUCGUGGCGUUCAAGAACCCUCGGGAUCAAGUGGGCAUGCGCACCUUGACGUUGCAAGCGUUUCCCAACGACUGGUCGCACGUGAUGAACAUCUUUCGCGAAUGCGCUCAACGCCCGUUUGGCUAUUUAAUGCUGGACCUGCAUCCCGCGUCAGACGAUCGGUACUGUCUGUUCACCAACGUGUUGCCGGAGGAAGGACCGACGGAAACCUAUGAACGCCAAGCAUGA